AUGCAUGCAGGACUGCGAAGAAGGAACACUACGAAAUUCCGAGAACAGCUGGUGGAAGUCACCAAAGGCGAACAGAUUUUCCAACAACUCAAUGACGAAGGUGUCGAACUGAUUUGGGCAGCUGAUAAGGGUAGUAUUGGGUUCACUGCAGUGCUUAGCAGUUCCAGCGAACUUGCUCCUUUUGUACGAGAAGUAAUUCAAGCCUUUACAUCAAAUGACAUUCGCAUAAGCCAUGUCGAGACUAGACAACACAAAUUGGAAAAGGGACAUGGCGAUGCGACGUACAUAGCUAGAAGAAAUUUCCUCAACGAUCAUGCCAUGCAAUACAAACAUGGUGAUCCGAUACCCAUCGUUGAGUACACAGAGCAGGAACAUGCGACAUGA